AUGUCGCCCCCGUCAAACACGUCGAAAUCAGAAAUACCCAAAACCGCAGAGCCUAGAUAUAGACAGGUGUUUGAUUCCUGGAACUCGUCCGCUACCGGUCAUCAACGCGCCGAAAAUCACAUAGGGAGAAGCAUAGGAUGGCGUCAGUCUCGGAGCUUGAAGCUGACGAGCCAGUUCAAAGGAGGUCCGGCCGGCGGAUCGAGAGUAUCAAACACAGUCGGUACUGGAUCAAAAGACUGGGACCCUAAGCUGAAAGCUCUUGUCACGCCUGAGCUACGGUCACGCGCUAAGUGUUCCGUCAGGGAUAUGCUUGCCAAACCAGGAAUCAUGGCAACGAGCAUGUUGUCGUCUACGUCUACGGCGCCAGACCCAAAAUCUAUACCAGAUGUGAAGGUAGAUGAAGGUAGCAGCGGGCUGACAGCCGAGGAAAAGCUGAUGUCCCAGCGUAAAACCGAAGAUGAAGCGCGAGAGACGGGAAAAGCGCAGCCAAGGAGGAUUUUCGACGGUGUUGUGGUCUACAUCAACGGUAGCACGCACCCCCUCAUAUCGGACCAUAAGCUCAAGCACAUCUUAGCGGAACACGGAGCUAGAACCUCGAUCAAUCUUGGACGACGGCAGGUAACUCACGUGAUUUUAGGUAGACCAACCGGAGGGUCGAGGGGUGCUGGUGGAGGGUUAGCAGGAGGAAAAUUGCAAAAAGAAAUCCAGAAGGUUGGUGGUUGCGGGAUGAAGUUUGUGGGUGCCGGGUGGAUUCUUGAGAGCAUUAAAGCGGGCAAACGACUUCCCGAGGCGAGGUUCAGCAAUUUGAAGAUGGCGUCUAAGGGUCAGCAGAGCGUAUAUGGUUUAUAUUCGACGCCCAAGAUACCUGCGGAGAAAUCCACAUCCGAAUAG